CCGACUUCAUACCCGCCAUGGAAAAAACUUUAAAUGCGCAAGCACAAGGCAUACCUGGGAUUGCGACUGACCCUACUUCUCCAUGGACUAUGACCGUUGGGAUGCUCUCCUCCACCACAUUUUCAAGCAAACUCAGGGUGAUGCUUGGUUCCGUCCUCAAGAAGAAAACAUCUCUUCAGGCGUAGCCAUUCGAAUCCACGAUGAUCCCCCAGAAUUUCGCGUUUUUCCUUACGAAAAUGUUUCUUUGGAACCCUUCGAGGUCGCGGUACGGUCACUCAAUCCUGUCGUCGCUGUAAAGGUCCGCAGCGCCGCCGUUCAUGCAGCCUUGGCCCACGUCGAUCCCAACGAACACAGUCUUUACAUCGAUGCCAACACGUGUAUUCAAAUCCUGGACACGAUGCUUGAUCUCGGGAAGGCCGAUAAGGAACAAAGGGCUGCGUUUUUACGCGAUGAACGCGUUCUCGUCGUUUGGGCUUCAUCCCUCGAAAACAUCAUCCCGACCUGCCAAGAUUUCGAGGAGCGAAUGAUCAAGUUCUUGUGGCGGUCGAGACCUGUAGAUUCAAACGUAUCUGCACUUUCUUCCUCGUCUCCAAAUUCAGUCGCUGGGCACGAAUCCCAUCCUGAUAGUCUCUUAGCUCGCCCUCUCCAUCUAGAACAAGAACCUGCCCCGAUCUCGAGCUCCGAAUCGUCCAUUCCCCCUCCCGUCACCGUGAAAAAGCGGACUUGGUAUGGAAAAACCAAAACAGUUACUGUUCCAUCCAAAGACUUCGUCCAUCCGCGACCGACUCUCCUUUACGCUCCUCUUUACAAUGGUCUAGCUGCAGGUUUAUCUUUCGUGUUCAUUGGGAAUGGUGCUCGGGUCCUUGUUUGGGAGUUCCUUAUGGAUGGACAGUUCAUCAGGUUUGUACUCUGUGUGACGUUACCCUUACUCUAUUGCAUCUCCUUGUUCUUCGCCCUCCAGAUCUUGCAAAAUCUCACCAUGGCCUUUGGCCCUAUUGCUCAUUACCAUCGAAACUCCAAAUACUACUCCGCUAUACCCCCACCACCCAUUCCUUCCAGCUCCUCUUCGAAUGCACAAAGGAAGGAACCCCUUCCACAUAUAACGAUUCAAAUGCCAGUCUACAAGGAGUCGCUCGAUCUUGUACUCAAACCAAGCGUGGCAAGUCUCAAGGCUGCAAUGAGGACAUAUGCUCUACAGGGUGGAACCUCUUCGCUAUUAAUGUUUGAUGAUGGUCUCCGGGCGACAGGCAUGACCGCUGCAGAUCGAAAUGAACGUAUCAAGUUCUACCGUGAAGAGGACAUCGGCUGGUGUGCCCGGCCUCGUGAAGGAUGUCCUGCAGAUACUGAUACGAACGACCAACCUACAGACGUCGAAAAAGGGCUGUUCCGCAGGGAAAAGACCUCGAGUAAAGGAAAGUCCAAGGAAGACACGUUCCAUCGUCCGGGACGUUUCAAGAAAGCCAGUAACCUGAACUACGGUCUCGCCUUGAGCUUGUGCGUUGAACGGUGGCUCGAGGUUCUACUGAGGGAACGAGAGGAAGGCAAGCGACAUGUCCAGCAACCAACAUUGCAGCAAUUGGUUGGAGAGGAACGUCGAAUUUCCGAGUUUACAUAUCCGCCUACCUCCCCCAUUUCCUCAUGGGGCCGAAACACAGUGGUCUCAGGCUACGGAAUGCAAUACCUCAACCGCGACGGAGACGACAUGUUUUCGACUUCGAGUGUAACCGACUCUCCUCCGACGCCUGGGUAUGGCCAAAGCGCGAUACUUUCACCAAUUCCCCGUUCUCCUUCCGCAUUUUCGCCCCUUAUGGGCACACCUGGUACCCCAUCGGAAACUUCGACUCCUCCGGCGUCAACUCCUGGUCGUGAAACGCCAACGCUGCACGAUGAUAUCGAGGAACAGGCUCUGAAACUCGCGAUUGAAGAUAUGUACACCCAGUCCGGUCGAAAAUGGAAACCUUGGGCUGCGAACGCUCGGGCUAUGCGUGUAGGAGAGAUCGUACUCCUAGUUGACAGUGACACUGAGGUUCCUGAGGACUGUCUACGCGACGCUGCUCGUGAAAUGCACCACUCUCCUUCCCUCGCCAUUAUACAGCAUGAGAGUGAUGUUAUGCAAGUCGCUCGUCACUACUUUGAAAACGGAAUUGCUUACUUCACUCGCCGAGUCAACAAGUGCAUUGGUAUCGCCUGCGCGAACGGUGAAGUGGCUCCGUUCGUCGGACACAAUGCUUUCCUUCGUUGGCGAGCGAUUCAAGACGCUGCAUACGUCGACUCAACACUGUCCGAGAAGAAUACUGAAAGCAAGACUAAAAUUUGGAGCGAAUGGAAUGUCUCGGAGGACUUCGACAUGGCUUUAAGGUUACUCAAGAAGGGCUAUACCAUUCGUUGGGCAACCUACUCUAAAGGGGGUUUCAAAGAGGGUGUGAGUUUGACUGUCGACGAUGAAUUGAAUCGUUGGAUGAAAUACGCGUAUGGCUGUAACGAACUUCUCUUCAAUCCGCUCUACCAGUGGAUCUAUAGAGGGCCCAUAUCGAAGCAAAUACACACCUUCGUGUGGAGCAAUGCCCCGUUACAUUACAAGUUUUCCGUCAUGGCUUAUAUGUUCUCGUACUACGGCCUCGCUUGUUCUAUCCUUAUCUCGUUGCUCAACUACGUCCUACUGGCAUUCCAAUUUCCGAUUGACGGAUUUUACCUGCACAGCUGGGAGAUAUGGUUGGCCGUCACCGUGGUCUUCACAGGGUCGGGAAAUGUGGCGUAUACAUUGGUGCAGUAUCGACUUGGUGAAAAGUCAUUGAUUAAAGCCCUUUUAGAAAACCUGAUGUGGAUUCCGUUUUUCUUUUUCUUCUUUGGUGGACUUGCUAUUCCCGUCAGCCAGGCUAUUCUCGCUCACCUGUUCUCCGUGAAUAUCACUUGGUCGGCUACUAAGAAAGAGGUCGAACGUUCAAAUUUCUUCAAGGAAAUACCUCGAAUAGUGAAGAGAUUCUGGUUCCCGCUUGUCGUCAGCGUUGUCAUCAUCGCUGGGAUGGUUAUCUCUAGCACGGCUCUAGUUCCUAUUGAGUGGCGGGUUGGUGGUGAAGAAUGGGCGGCGAUCUUCCCACUGGCGGUUGUGGCUUCAUGUCAUAUCUUGUUCCCUAUCCUAUUGAACCCGUGGCUCAUGGUGUUCUCGUAUUGACCGAAUCUUCCGGGACAAAUUGUUUUUUUGUUUCUUAUCUACUCUCCACUGGACGCGAACUUCAUUUUUUACAUUGGACACACGAACUUGUCUAUUUCUUAUCUGUAGAUGCCCAGACUCUUUUGAUACCCUUCUAGUAUUUUACCUUUAGCUUCAACACGCCUUUGACAGGCUGAAUUCUCCCGGACGUAACCCUUUUCUUUUCCGUGGUCGCCCCAUGAUUGACGUCAUCAUGUCUGGCACCAACGCCUUCAUAACCCCAUUCCACCACAUCUCUUUUUCCACGUCAGUCAAACAGUAAUUCACGAAUCACUUAUCACUUAUCACCGUUCCUUCCCCAUUUUAUCUAUAGUUAUGUGGCGCCGCGUGAUGGGACCUGAACGAUAGAUAUAAACGAUGUUACGAUCAUUCUUUUUCUUCAUUUUGUGUCCAGAGAUAGUCUUCUGUAAGCAGACUCUGAAUCAAUGGAAGUUUUCGG